AUGAGUAAACAAAGCACACAAGUGAUUCGGUACAGAGGCAGAAAAAGUGAUAACUAUUCAAGUAACUCAGAUGUCUAUAGUGAUAAUAUAUCUGAAAGUGGGUCAAAAAAUUGCAGUGAUUAUAGUUCUGACUAUGAGUCAGAUACUGAGACUACUAUUAAGUCUCCAAUACUCCAACUUCUUCCUAAAGUAGAAGAACAAGUGUCUAAUAUGACAUCAUCCACAGAGCAAGCGAGUCUUACAUAUCCUAAAUGGCAAGAAAGAUUCGAUGAUAAAUUUACACAAAAAGAUGAUUAUCUCUUACCUAAUUACAGAGCAAAAGAAGGAAUUAAUAAACAAGCACCAAAGUUUUCUGUCAUAGAUGACAUAUCUAAGAUAUAUGGAUUACCUGGAAUUCAUGAAUGUAUUAAUGGGCAAUGGCUUUUAAGACCAGUAAUUGAUAUUAAUGCAUCUAAAGAAAGAAUAGAAGCUGAAAACAUUAAUACUAAAAAUGUGUUUUUCAGCAUUUGUUGUUCAUUUGUAAGAGCAUUGUAUCGAAUUCUUGAUUGUAGUUGGAAAGAAAUUAUUAAAGAAUUAGUAAUUAUGACAUUAUCUGAUGAUAAUAAAUGCAGUUAUUACCUUCUAUACACUCCAGCUCUUCUUGUUGAUUAUCUAGAGCUAAAAGAAUUUACAGAAUUAGUAUUCAGAUUAACUGGAGAAAAAUAUAAAAAGUUUAUUAAUCGAGGAUUACCUGAUAGAAAUUUCUAUAAUAGGUGGUACAAUCUCAAUGACAGUCGAGUUCAACUACCAAUUAAUAUGAAUUUAGAACAAAAUCGUGACAAAUCAGAAAAAAUUUUUAAUGACCCAUCUAUCACAGAAAAAAUUCAGCAAAAAAAUAAAAAUAAUGUUCCUCCACCCAUUUCUCAUAAAAUAAAGGACUCUAAGUUCCCAAAACUCUUCUUAGAAAUGCUAGGUUGGAUUAAAUACAAUGAAUCCCUUACCACAUCAGAAAGAUAUAAAGAAAGAUAUGUAAAACCUUUAUCUAAAGAAAAUGAUAUUUAUAUAG